GACUAACUACGUAGAGACACGUGACCUUUAUAUCUCGAGAUAGAAAUCGUAGUCUUUGGUACUUUAGUCGCAUUCGUUAACUCCAUAAAUACAAUAUGGCAGGAAUCUGGUAUCGCACAUUCCGAGAUUUCUUUUCCAUUCGGUGGUUCUGGCUCUUCCCUCUUAUUGCUGGUUUAUCUUGGUUUUUGACGCUCACUAGUUUGCUGGUGAUAUGGCUGGCUGUCGGCCGUCCCCAAUAUCCCGGACAGGUGAACCCAUACCUCCCGUUUAUUAGCGACAUUGCUGCCCAUGAGUUUAAGCCUGUGUUUGUCAUUGGGUGCUCAGCUACCGGAGUUGCGUUCUUUGGGACCAUUUUCUCGGUACAUCAUGUGCGCUAUGCGCCUAAUUUCUACGGACUGACGGACGACGCCCCGUGGCGGCAGAUUGUGAGCUUCAUUGCGCAGAUUGCUGGCAUUGCUGCUGCUGUUAGCUUAAUAAAUCUUAGUGUCUUUGACACGGACGAUGCGCGUAUACGACAUCGACACCUCCUUAUGGGUACAUUUGGAGGCCUUUUCGCAAGUGCAGUAACUACUACUGCUGUGUGGUGGGAUCAGAUUUGGGGCCCCAGGGUGUUUGUGGGUUUAAGGAAAUGGUGCCUCUUCAACACAGCUCUAGUAAUCUGUCAAUUUGGUUGUGGACUAGCAUUCGUAAUUCUGUACAACAGUCAUUUCAAGUCCUCGGCCAUACUUGAAUGGUGCCUAACUUAUGUCGGCUCCUUCUGGCUUGCCUCGUUUGUGGGAUAUACAAUGUUUAGAGAAGGCGAUCAUCCUGUGGUUGAGGACGAUGCUGAGCAGCAGCCGCUAUUAAUAUAGGUCCUCGUGCAAUACAAAGUAGUAGGGUUGGAUAAAGGUUUUCUGAUAUGAUAUAGACACCGUGAUAUUGUUGCAGCCCCGUUCCGUCGGUA